UUAACCACGAAAGCUUUUGUUGUUUGCCGUUGUAUGCUACAGUAGUCAAGCGCUUCGAGGUUUGUGAUUUACGCUGAGACGAAAAAAAUCUGGCCUUACAAUGGCGGAUAGCUCGGAUGAAAGGUCACCUUACUUGGUUGUCACCGGAUGGAUAGUGUUACUCUUAUUGUACAUCGCGCAAGUUGUUCUUCUAGUCUUGUUUUUGACAGAACACGAAGACUCCGACUACGGCUGGUAUUAUGUUAUGUUUAUAGUUGCUCCGAUAUUAACAGUCGUUUUCUUAUACCGACAUUGGGAAACGAAUGGAUAUGCCGAUAAGGAUAAAGAAAUACGCCUCGUUUGGGCAAUUUGGGGAACAUACAUUGUGCCUUUCGUUGUUACAGUUGCCACGAUUUUCAUUACGGUCGCGAAAGAGCUGACUAAAAAGCGUACCCUUGGUGUUAAUGCUUUAAAAACGACGCUAUGUAUUACACCAGGAUUGUUAAUCCUUUUCCUGCAGCUCGCAAUUUCUCCAUCUUACCGAAAGCCUGUCCUGUCUCUGUCUAUAGUUGCCGCAUUGAAUAUCUUCGACGGAAUCGAAAUGUUGGAAACCUUUCUGAUGCAAAACGAAAGACUUCUGGAUCUAGACAGCGCGACAGAGGGAGUUAAAGAAUUUUGGAUGCAAAAUGGGGGUUAUUUUAAUUUCAGUAGCGCCAACGGGACGGAAAUAUUGAAAACAUUUUUAUUGAAAGAAGACAAACAUUUUGAUUUGAACAGUGAGACAGAGUGGUGCAUCAUUGUCUUCGCCUGUCUUUGUUUCCUUCUGUCAUCUUUCGGUUUGGCUCGAAAUCAAUUUGAAGGUGAAGGCAACGUAAAAGAACGGACGAAAACGUCGAUUGCUUUUAGCUUCUUCGAAAUAAUCUUUAUUAAUCUUCCAUUCCUGGGCAUUCGAGCCUACAUUUGGGAAAAACACAAGUACGAAGCUGCCGUGUUUAUUGCCAAGAAUAUUGUGUCUUUCGUCGUUGGUGCAGUCGAGUUUGGCAUCCUCAUAAAAAUUAAACUAUCAGAAUAGAGCAAAUCGAAAAACCAUCGAAAAUGAACUUUAGUUAAAACUAAAUACAAUGUGCAAUUUAUGUAUUGGUAGACUCUUUUUGUACCCUUGAUGUGAACUGUUUAUAUAGUGAAACUAUUUAGACUUAGUGAGUACAUUCAUAGUCAUUCACGACAUGGUCCGAAUCACAGUACAGUUCAAAUACAUGCAUGGAUCACAAUUUCAAAACAUUUUAUUUGUUCACGGUGAAGUCGUUAGAACAUAAACUCGUAGUUUAUUAUAAAACCUUUGAUGUUUGCUGAGGUUUCAGAUCUAUAUUUCGAUUGGCUAUAUAUAUUAUAGCGACGAUUUAGAGGUUUACUUAUACGAAAUCGUGUUACGAUUUAGGUAUAGGAAUUCAUGCCUGGUUUUGGCAGGUAUUUUUAGGAACAAUAAUAUCAAAAUAGCCUUUAUUUCAUAUAUACAAUAUCUAUAUGACAAUUCAAAAAAAUAUUGUUUUGACUUGACCUUUUCCAGUUUGCAACGGAGUCGUUCGCAACCUCGUUCCCAGGCUCUUUCCUCUACACUCCUACACCAUAACCACUAUUCAUCACCAUAACCACCACGAUCAGCCCCACGGCCCCCACCAUCAUCACCACUACCAUCAUCAUCGCCACCAUCAUCCACCACCACACCAUCAUCACCAUCAUCAUCGCCAACAUCACCCACCACCACCACCACCACAACCACCACAACCACCACAACCACCACCACAACCACCACAACCACCACAACCACAACCACCACAACCACCAC